AUGGACGCCACCAAGCGACCAGCUCUGCCGCUGCUACUGGGCGGCGUGGCGCUAUGCACGCUCGGCGCACUACCGCUACUAGAAGUUUGCUAUGCGGUGCGACAGGUCAGUGCGUCCCCGGAGAAGCUGCAGGUGAUACAGGCGCUCACUACAGUGGAUAAGUUCGCCAUCACGCUCAGCGCGCUAUUGGCUGCUCUCGGAGGGGUUCUCCUCGCUCUUCAUUGGGUUGAACUACCCGUCACUUCAGCACUUAAAGCUGCAAAGCUAUUGACAAUAACGCUCGCGGUUGCUGCGCUUGUGGACGCUGCAUUGCUGACUUCAGUGGCUUCGCACCGAGGACCUGAUACGCCCUGGAAGGCCGAGACCUACGCAGACCACGAAGGAUUAUUCGAACAGCAGGUGAACGAUGUUUUCUGUCAUGCUAAAGGGCUGCAAGUCUGCGAACUUGGUAGCGUAGCCGAGGCUCGACAGAUCUUCCCACUUCAGGAUUGGCCCGUAGAUUCCGAUCGCGCCCCGGGCAGACGAAUUGCCACAAGCUGCGAAGGUUUUAAGGACGAUGUGCAACUCUGGGACUACCAGAACAAAAUGCAGUUGUGCAGACUUUGUGGCAAUAUUACUGCAGAAGAAGAGCAACUUCAAGUAAAGUUUGGAGCAGACCAUACUGCUGAAGUAUUAGCGGCCGUAGAGUUGCUAAGUUUUGGAGAGCUGCAGUGGUGUGGAGAGUACUUGGUGGCCAGAAUACCAGAUCAUGAUGUGGGUCAUUCGCCUUAUUGGAAACAUCGGAGGGAGUUCCAGGUUCUCCUGGAGUAUGAUACGCCACCAUGUAGUUUAUUUUUCACGGUGAAGGUGCUGCAGCUGCUAGAGGUGGUGGCCAGCUUAUGCUGCGUAGUGCUGGUGCGCUGGAUCUGGACGCUGCAGACGUUGAAACUGGUGCAGUAUAAAGAUGGGGGAAAGAUGGACGCCGCGUAG